CUCGUGCACGGCCGCGACCGAGAAGGCGCGGACGGCGCGCGGGGUGGGGGCGGUCGCCGGCAGCGGCAGGUUUCCCUCUCCGGCGGAGAAAGCGCUGGCCUCCAGCCGCGGAGCUUCCAGUCGCCCGAAAGCCGCUCCGGCAACGGCCGACGACGCCAGCGCCAGCGACAUGUAGCGAGAUGCGACGCCGCGCACUGCUGUUGCCGCUGCUGCUACUGCUGCUGCAGGCUCUCUCUGCCAGCUGCGCCACCGACCACCAACAGCGGGCCUCAGCUCCAGACAACGCCAUUGAAGGUGGAGCCGGUGGCCGGGUGCUGUUCAACCAGUUGCUGUCGCUGUUCGGCCUGGGCGGGUCCGACUCUGACGAUGAGGAGACUCUACUGCGGAACUGCUCCUGCCAGUGCGGCGUGGCCAACCACGAGGUGCGCAUCGUAGGGGGGCGGCCGACGGGCGUGAACCGCUACCCGUGGGUGGCGCGCCUCGUCUACGACGGCCAAUUCCACUGCGGCGCCUCGCUGCUCAACGGCGACUACGUGCUCACCGCCGCGCACUGCGUCCGCAGACUGAAGCGGUCAAAGAUCCGCAUCUUCCUGGGCGACCACGACCAAACAUCGACGACGGACACGCCGGCCAUUAUGCGCGCCGUCUCCUCGGUGAUCCGACACCGCAACUUCGACGUCAACACAUACAACCACGACAUCGCGUUGCUGCGCCUCCGCAAACCCGUCGACUUCAGCAAGCGCAUCCGGCCCGUCUGUCUGCCACCCAAAGGCGGCGGCGACCCGGCGGGGCGGACGGGGACGGUAGUCGGCUGGGGGCGCACCGCAGAAGGCGGCGCGCUGGCGUCGGUGGUGCAGGAGGCGCAGGUGCCCAUCCUGAGUCUGCAGCAGUGCCGCGCCUCGCGCUACUCGGCCGGCAGGAUCACCGACAACAUGCUCUGUGCCGGCCAGGGCUCCAAGGACUCCUGCCAGGGAGACAGUGGAGGUCCGCUGCUAGUGACCAGAACUGACGAUCGUCAUGAAAUAGUUGGCGUGGUAUCGUGGGGCGUGGGCUGUGGACGGCCUGGCUACCCGGGCGUGUACACACGGGUGUCCCGAUACCUGGACUGGGUGCGCGGCAACAUGAGGGACACCUGCGACUGCAACUACAGGUGACAGCACCCGGUGGCUGCGCUGGUAACUCCACAGCCCGUCAACAAGGGCACCGGCGAGGGUCAUCCGGGAAGGAGACGGUGCAAUCCUAGAAGCCAACACACAAUGCACAAUGGACUUCGCUUUGACUUGCAUCGGUGUCUUGGAGUAGAAGAUUCGACACCCUCCACCAGUACAAGAACUUUGUUCGCAGCUCGCGGUCUAGUGCCUAGCGUUGGUACCUCUGGAUCAUGGGCUUCCGUGAUCCAUUCCCCGACUUGUUGGGGAUUUUCUCUGGAGACUGGGUGUCUGUGUCGUCCUCAUAAUUUCGUCAUCAUCAUCAUCAUCAUCAUCUUUCGUGACAGUGGCUAGAUUGGAUUGUGUAAAAAUUGGACUGUGAAAAUUGGGACUUUGUACGCGUACUGAUGACCGCGCAGCUGAGCAUCCCAAAUAGCAAACAUCAUCAACAUCAUCAGUACAAGAACUUCGAACUUUCUAUAACCGUUCAUUGAGAUCACUCAAUACGUACUGCUGACACGAUGCUGACAUCUUCAUGCCAAGGGAGCAAGAAAGAAUGUUGUCACUGCUGCUGUUAUAGUCCCCAGUGUCGUCAUCCAAAAGCAGACUUUUGCUCUGGUGGAUUGCUCUCGGAUCGUUCAGCAUGAGAAAAAACGUGAAGGAAGGUUUUUAUUCAUAUCAGAGAAACACUUUCACGUGGUCAGUGAAUUUAAUAUUUUUAUGUCGCUUAAAUUGCCACAAAAAACUUUUACUUUUUUAUUUUAAAUAGCGAAACAUGUUUCAGUACUCUUGAUCUAAAACACGUCUGACCUCCCACUACGUAUCAGAAAAGUCACUGGUAUAAAAGUGGGCUUCAGCCUUUGACUGUGAUAAUGGAAUUCAUCUUCCUUCCACAAGAAAAAAUAAUGUAAUCUUAAGAAAAAAAGUCUUACAUUCCUCUUAUAUAAAAAAACAUUGAACUUAUGGAAAAUAUCAAUUCAUUGUGCUUUCAUCCAACAAGUACAUGUUUUCAAUGGUAGAAAAGAAGCAUCGACAAUUUUGUAAGUCACGUUUUAUAAAACCAGAAUAAAAUUCUGCAUAACCUC